CGAUGCGGUCGACAAAAACAUUGAUGGCAGUUUCCAAGAUGGCCGCUUGCAUCUGCAUUGAAAGUUCCGUAGCCAAGAAGUGAUACAAAAGACACUUCUGGGCGAAAAAUGAAUUUACUGGAAUAUGGGGUCUCAGACACUUGAGAUUUUACGCCAAGGAGUGUGGGCCUCCUUGACUGGCGGCUGGUUUUAUGACCCACAUCAAAGUAUAUUUUGCAAUACAUUUCAUCUAUACCUCUGGCUCAUACUUUUGUGUCUGCCAUUCACUAUUUACUUGUAUUUCCCUGCAACAUUUCUUGUGUGGGGUAUUUAUUGCUUUAUAGUAGCAGUUCUAUUUGGCAUUUUGCGUCUCAUUAGCUAUGGCCUCCAUCACAUGUAUGAUACAUCCGAGUGCAUUCAGGAAACUCCUUCUGUUGAAGAAGCUGCUGAGCAAAAUGAGCCAGAAUCAGGAGAAAAUAGCAGGCACAAACGCCGCAAGAGAAAGGGAGCGCUUGACCAACUGGUUGAGGAAAGAAUUGAGAUGCAAGUACGAACCAAGCAGAGCAAUCAAACUCCCCCAGCUGGUUGUAGCUCAAGAACUUCCUAUACUGAACCUAUGGCUGGCUCAGAUGAUAGCAUACACUCAUCUGCUGGAUUUGCUGCCCUUUCCUCAACAUCCAAAGAGCAAGGGUUCAAAGCAGGAGGCAGCACCAUUGAUUUAAAAGUGGAUGUUCAUCGUAAGAACAGCUCUGAGAGUAGUGAAGAAAUUGCAACCAGCUUAGGUAUGAUGAGUCCUCUUGUUGAGGUACCAAAUGUUCAACAAGCAGAACAGCUUUCUGUAGAUGAUCACAUUAAAAUCCUAAAGUUACACUCUAAAUCAAAGGCAACCAGCAACAGCCAACGUGUACAGUUACGAGACGCUGCUGUAAGCCCGUGCUUUGAUGCAUCAACAGUUACUGAUAUCAGUGAAGAUGUUAGUGGAAGCAGUGUUCAACGGUUUCCUAGCCGAGCCCUGAGCACUGACAGCACCAAUACUCAGAAGCUGUCUCAGCAGAAUUGCAAUGAUGAGGAACUGGGAGCCGCUGCUCUGAGCAUUGAACAAGUGCCUUGUAGUGGAGGAUCGUUAGAGGGCAGCAGUCUAGUGGGACAGAGUCAUAAUCAGGUUCGACGGUUUCCUCACCCUACUAAUGGUAGCCUUAGUGUAUUACCCACAGUUGCCCUCACUAAUGCUCAUAGUAUGAAACCUACAGGCUCUCUUGAGUUAGGAUGUAAUAUGGAAAAAAUUGACAACUAUCCUCCUCCUGAUAAAGGAUUAUUGUACUGGAAAGAACAGAAAUGCCACUGUGGUGAGGCUCCUAUGCGACAUAUUUGUAACACUGGCUUGGAAACCCCUGCAGCGCAGGCUUCCCCCUCAACUGCUAGUCUAGAAGCAUUACAGCCACAUUCACCAAUCUCUAAUCCUCGAAAUCACACAUCAUCCCCUACUUUUAUGAAAGAACAAAAGGACGAACAAGUUGAUGUAAGUCGCUCAUGUAUGGAGAGUGACAAUGAAGAGAAUAAUACGGGAAGUAGGUCACCUCUUCUCACACGACAUGAGAACACAAGCAACUCUAAAGUUUCAAGAGCAGUAUCACUUGAUACCACUAUAUCUAAAAAACUGAAUGCCGAUAGUACAGAAAAUGACAGGAAGGCACACAGUCGCCCUUUAAGUCUUAGUGGCUCAUCAAUUAGGUUUAUGACAAAGGAUGGUCAAUCUCCUGAUUCCAGAUCAAUUGACUCCAUUCAGUUAAAUAAUGCAAGUGAGCAGCCUGUUCUUUGCGAACAAGAUCAAAAUAGUGCUUCAUCAAAGGAUGCCUUGCUAGACUCUGAAGGGGCUAUGGCUGUAGAGCCUGUGAGUAAUGUGGAAGAUGCUGCAAACUUAAGAUCAAAAGUAGGAGGACCAGAGUCUAAGGAAUCUGAAGAUGUUGACAGCGGUUGUAGUGAAUGCGAAAGUGUAGAAAGUGACAAUGCGACAAGCGACAAUGGUGAAGACAAAUCAGAUUGGCGUAAAACAUCAAAAAUAUCAAAAAUAGAACUAUUUUCUGGCUUACCUGAAGAAGAUGCCAAAAAUGACAUAGUACAUCAAAAAACAUCAUCCAGAGAUUCAAAAGCUGACCAGCCAAAAUCUGCAUGGAAACAAAUAAGCCAAAAGAUUGCAUCCCUUUCAUCUCCUGGAACCAGUAGUGAUGUUGAAGUGUCUAAAACUUCUGACCAAACCAGCCCUAUUGCUUUGGAUUGGCUUUUUCAGCACACAGAUAGUGAAUCAGAGAAGUCUUGCUCUGGGCCAGCUCAGUGGAACUACACACAUUCUGAUGACAGUGAUGGUCUUGGACAUCAAACACCUUCAACCCAUGUAGAAAAGGCAAGCUCACAAUCCUCUGGAGGAUCAAGCCCAAAUUCAGCCUUGGAAUCAUCAGAAUUAUUACCUUCUCAAAAACCUACAUCUACUGAACAACAAAGAAGUCAGGGUGCUAUUCCAAAAAAACGUCUGAAUGCACCAUACAGUUCUGGGAGGAAAGAUUCUAGAGAAGAGGCAAGUUUGUCAAGCGCUCAGUAUGAGCAUGAAGAUUCAAGGCCACGGAAGCAUAAGAAAGAUAGAUCAAGGGGACAGACACCAAUUGAAAAUUCAGGUACAUCAGCGAUGGGUGCACCAGCUGAUAGCCAUUUACACUGUUCAAAUGAUAAACCUCGCGGGACCCAAGGACGUCUUACUAACGCAACUGUUUCCUUUAUCACGGAAGAGUUGGAAACCGUGUCUGCAGUUUCUGAGGAUUGUCAAAAUGUGGUUCAAGCAGCAUCCCCCCAACAGCUUGAAUUGGGAAACACUUCAAGUACAGGUCACCAACCGUCAAGAGUGACAUCUCCAGAAGCAGCUGUUUCACAAAACAAUCAAGAACCAUCAGAAGAUGAACCACCAAGCCGUCUAAAAAGAGCCUCCAGAACUAGAAGAAUUUGGAGACCAAGAGAUGGUGCUUCAGCUCGGUCUGCUCACAUUCACCGGGCUGCAUUGGAUCUGCUUCUGUCCAGUGCUGCAGGAGACCCUCAGGUAGAUGCCAGUUCUAGACUUCGUGGGCUUAGCUCAUCAAGUGCUCAACACUUUGCAUCGUCACAUGAUGACACAAGCCAGGGGGCGGUCCAUGUAUUUCAGGAUGAGCAUGGAAAUCCUGUGACUUAUGUUUUUGAUGAAAAGAGUUCUGGGACAGCUGCUGCAGGUCUACCAGCAGCUUUACCAGCAGCAGGCGCACCUAACAGUAAACUUCUUAAUAUACUGCUCAGACGAAGGCAUGGUUCAAGGGAACGAGAUGUUCUCGAGUCAUAUUCGAGAGAUAUGCUCAGGCGAUAUCAAGAGCUACAACGGUACCUAUCGGAAGUUGAGCAAGAGAGAGAAUGUGAACGAUUUCGUGACAGGGAUCGAGAAAAAGAUCGUGAUCGCAAUGAACGUGAUCGUGACCCAGAACGAGACCACGAUCGAGAUCGCGAACGUUGGGAAAAACUAAUGGAUGCAGAUUCUGCUAGUAUAUCAUCACUGUCAGUUAUAUCAUCUGGUGUCACUAUCACAGUAGAUGGUGCAAGUGCCCCUCAAGCAUCAACAUCUACAGCCAACUAUCUGAGCCCUCCUAGAUCAGCAACUCAGCAAUUGCAAGCAGCAUUGGCUGCACAUGCUGCCCAUGCUGCACAUUCCAGCACUACCGCCGAUGCUCCUCCAUCUCCACCUUUUGUCCUUCCUGCCACCACACCGCCUCCAGCUCUUUGUCAUUUCCCUCACCCACUUCUGCACCCUAUGUUUAGCUCUCAGAGCUCUUCAACCCCUAUACAGGCGGCUCCUGCAACAUCUACAGCAUCACCACCCACAAUGUAUUUGCCCGUCAGUAGUGCAGACUCAUCGUACCAUUUUUAUGUUGAAGCUGAAAGUGGAGACCACCAGAAUCGUGAAAGAAGAGCUCGAAUAUCACUUUCCCAUUUGAGUCAAUCUCUUCUCGAUCGUGUGUUGCCUGUUCCCAUGACCACUAGCUCAAUGGGUGAGACAGAAACUGAUAUAACAGUUUCAAAGAGCCGUUUUGCAUUUUUAGAUACUCUAGACACACUGAGCAGUAAUCAACCACGCCAUUACUACAAAUUUUAUUUAGUGCCAUGGACUUACAUUAAGAUUCGCUUUGACCGCCUAUCAUUACUAGCUCUUUUAGACCGUACCUUGACCCUGUGGGAGACAAUUUUAUCUGUGAUUCUCUCAGUUCUUGUGGCUGUCAUAGGUGGAGCAUUAUUGUACUCUGGAUAUUAUCGGGAUGUUAUGGCAUUCCUUUUGUGUUUUACUAUUGCUGGUUGUCAGUAUUCACUUUUGAAAAGUGUUCAACCAGAUGCUGCCUCACCUACUCAUGGACACAAUCGUUUAGUUGCUUUCAGUCGCCCUACCUACUUCUGUUUGGUUGGAGCACUAAUAUUAUUCCUAGAGUGGCAAAUUGGAGUUAGCGACAAAGAUCAUUCAAUACAAGUUUAUGGAUUCAGUGUUAACAUCCAACACAUGCUUCUGACAUUGAGAGAGACUUUGGCCACAGUUCUUGUCUGCUUCCCAAUAGCAUUUAGUUUUGGACUGUUUCCUCAAGUUAAUACAUUUACUAUGUAUCUCUUGGAGCAGAUUGAUAUUCAUCUAUUUGGUGGGAAUGCUACAUCAUCUCUAGGUGCAGCUGCAUUUUGUGUUGGAAGAAGUCUCUUGGCUGUGAUGCUCUUGGCUGGAUUUGCAUAUGCAGGUUUUUUAUGUGACCCUUGUGAUCCAAAAGCUCAGCAGCACCUUCUAUUUUCAGUGUUUUGUGGCUUACUUGUAUCUACUGCAUAUCAUCUUAGUCGAUGUGCAAGUGACCCUGGCCCUCUAUGGAUAAUAUUUAAAGAUCACAUUUGGUCAAUAUUUGAUCUCAGUGAAGAGGAACGGGCAGGUAGAAGGCAAAAGAAGCAGCUCCUUCGAGAAGAAAGGGAGAAAGAGGAAAGGAGAAGAGAAGAACUCAAAGAAGAUGAAAAGAAAAGAGAAGAGGAAAGAAAAAGGGAGCGUCAGAGACGUAAACGACAGAGCAAUGUUGCAAGUGCAAGUAGUUUGACAACUGUAAGAGCCAGAGUUGUUGACAAUCGAUCUACAUCUGGAUCAGAGUCUGCUUCUAUAUCCAAUCCUUCUUUGACUACCAAUAGAACUGUUGAAGCUCAAGAUCUAUCCAUCAAUAAGAAUUUGUCAACUACUGCUAGUGUUGGUGGUAUCGACCCUCAACAAGAACAAUCCAACAAAAAAGAAGAAAAUGUUCAGAAAUUUUUGGGCAACAAUUUAGGAGAUGAGCUUGUUGAUCCUCUGCCUUUGAAGUUGCAGAACACUGUUAAUGCACGACUCAAGUCAGACAUGAUCAUUUGCACCUUACUGACAGUUUUUGUGUUUGGUGUGCAUUGUAGCACUGUUUUUUCAGCACUUCAACCCAAGUUGAGCCCUAUUUUAUGGGGAUUUACAAGUUUUGUUGGUCUUUUAUUGCAUUAUAUAAUGCCUCAACUCAGAAAACAACUCCCUUGGCUUUGCCUUGCCCGUCCAGUAUUUCGCUCUGAUGAAUAUGGACAGUUUGAAACAAAAAACCUUGCACGUGUCAUGUGGUUUGAAAAGGCAUUUGUAUAUCUCUGCUUUUUUGAACGGAAUAUUCUUUACCCAGCUGUAGUUCUUUCAGCUGUAUCUGUUGAUGCCCCAGAAAUCAUCAAGAAAGUUGGUCUUGGAGGUGGUGCAGUUAUAAUUACUGUUUGUGCAUUGAAGUGCCUGCGCAGCUGCUAUUCGGACACGUCUUUCCAGUAUUUGAUUCUUGUUUUUGCUGUGCUGUUUUUUCAAUUGGAUUUUGCCUCUGCAAGUGAGACGUUUCUAGUGGAUUUUUUCAUAAUGAGUAUAAUAUUUAGUAAAUUUUAUGAAUUCCUUCUGAAAGUACAAUUUGUGGUGACAUAUAUUGCACCAUGGCAAAUAACAUGGGGCUCUGCUUUCCAUGCAUUUGCUCAACCAUUUUCGGUUCCGCAUUCAGCCAUGCUAUUUAUUCAGGCUUUCAUAUCUGCUGCUCUAUCUACACCAUUGACGCCUUUCUUAGGAAGUGCUAUUUUCAUUGCAUCUUAUGUUCGGCCUGUUAAAUUUUGGGAAAGAGAUUACAACACGAAGAGAGUUGAUAACUCAAACACAAGACUGUCUUCUCAAAUUGAACGUAACUUAGGGGCCGAUGACAACAACUUAAAUUCAAUAUUUUAUGAACAUCUUACAAGGUCUCUGCAACAUUCACUUUGUGGUGAUCUCAUGAUGGGCCGCUGGGGCCCUGUGUCUCAAGGAGAUUGUUUUGUGCUGGCAUCAGAUUAUUUGAACUGCCUUGUUCACAUUGUUGAGCUUGGAAAUGGACUUGUGACAUUUCAAAUGAGAGGCCUGGAAUUCAGAGGAACCUAUUGUCAACAAAGAGAAGUUGCUGCUAUAUCAGAAGGAGUUGAAGAUAAUGAUGGAUGUUGCUGCUGUGAGCCAGGCCAUUUCCGUCAUGUCUUGAGUGUAAAUGCUGCUUUUAGCCAACGCUGGUUGGCGUGGGAAGUAACAUCAGCAAAAUAUGUUCUUGAAGGGUACAGUAUUUCUGAUAACUCAGCUGUAUCUAUGCUUCAAGUUUUUGAAUUCAGAAAAGUAUUAAUUACAUAUUAUGUAAAAAGCAUGAUAUAUUAUGCAAUUCACUCUCCUAAACUUGAAGAGUGGUUGUCAAAUCCACAAAUUUUGGAAGCCAUUCUGCCUAUGGCUGAUAGGAACUUUGUUGAUUUGGACCCAGUUUUUAACGUAAAUAUAGACAAAGAUUUUGACUUUCGCACUUCAGGUGUGACUUUCUACAGUUUUUGCUCAGUUUAUUUGGAGUGGAUAACAUACUGUCUGACUAAAAGAGUUAAGCCGUUAGACAAGGAAAAGUUCAAUCUACUCGUAGCAAUGUGUUUUGCUUUAAGUUUACUUGGUCGUCGAUCUCUUGGUGCAGCCUCCCACAACACAGUUUCCAGUGUUGAAUUUUUCCUAUAUGGUCUCCAUGCACUUUUCAAAGGUGACUUUAGAAUAACUUGUGUGCGAGAUGAAUGGAUUUUUACUGAUAUGGAACUUCUUAGAAAAGUUGUUGCACCUGGUGUUCGUAUGUCUUUGAAACUCCAUCAGGAUCACUUCAUGGCUCCUGAGGAAUACAAGGAUCCAAUUGCUCUUUACGCUGCUAUAUCUCAUCAUGAGCAUAGUAUGGUCAUAUCUCAUGAAGGUGAUCCUGCCUGGCGUAAUGCUGUCUUGGCUGGGGUCCCCUCUCUUCUGGCCCUAAGGCAUGUUCUUGAUGAUGGUUCUGAUGAAUACAAAAUUAUUAUGUUAAAUAAGCGCUAUUUGAGCUUUCGGGUCAUAAAAAUUAAUAGGGAAUGUGUUCGUGGUUUAUGGGCUGGACAACAGCAAGAAUUAGUCUACUUGCGCAACCGUAACCCAGAACGAGGCAGUAUUCAAAAUGCAAAGCAGGCUUUAAGGAAUAUUAUCAACUCAUCUUGUGAUCAACCCAUUGGGUACCCGAUCUAUGUUUCACCUCUCACAACAUCAUAUGCUGACACUAAUGAGCAACUUAGUCAACUUGUUGGUGGGCCACUGAGCUUUGGUGCGAUGAAAAAGGCAGUUCUUCAAACAUGGCAUAGGGUUCGCAAACGCUGUGGAGAGGGAUGUUCUAGUGGUGGGUCAGUUCCCCAGGAUGAGGGUGGCUUUGGUAACGAAGGUGUUUAUGCCAUGACAACUUUUAAUAUCCAUGCUGGCUACGGACAUCCCUCUACUGGUCAAAAUACAUCAGGCAGCCAGUCGAUGGAUUCAGCAUUUGGUGUCCGCAGCGGAUCCCUUGGUCGAGGGGCUGGUGGGACUGGCUCAAUGACUGGUAACCGCGGCAGUUUAGGAUCAGUCCAUCAGUGGAAACCAACGUCGGCAACUCUCGCUAGUUUGGCGACAUUACUCUCUGCGACUGAAUCCGCCAAGUUGGCAGAGGCUUGUAUGGGACGCGGUGACCGUCCUGACUGGGCGCGUGAGCGGGAAGAGAGGGAGAGGAUAAUGGAGUACUACCUGCGUGAGCGUGACAAGAUACUGAACCGGGACAGAGACCGAGACUGGGAUUUGGACAGGGAUCGUGAUCGUGACAGGGAUCGAGAUGGUGACCGGCGUGAUCAUGAUCGAGAUCGUGAUCGCCGUGAUUCUGACAGGGAUCGUGACCGGCGAGAUUCCGAACGGGAUCGUGACCGGCGUGAUGUGGACCGUGGACGUGACCGGCGUGGUUCCGACCGGGAUCGAGACCGCCGGGACGUGGAUCGUGAUCGUGAUCGUCGGGAUUCGUCGGAGAGGGAUCGUGACCGUCGAGAUCGAGACCUAGAUGUUGAUCGCCGGGAUCCAGAAUGGGACCGCCGAGACUCUGACAGGGAACGAUAUCGUUCCUACCUGGACCGAGGCCGUGACCGCCGGGAUUCGGAAAGGGAUCGUGAGCGGGAUCGAGGACAUCGAGACCGAGACAGGGACCAUGAAAGAGGUCACGACCGGAACAGGGAGAGAGGCAGGGAGCAAGAGAGGGAGCGUUACCGGGACCGAGAGCACAGAGACAAGGAGCGAAACAGGGAUCGGGACAGAGAGCGUGCCCGGGAAAGGGACCGAGACAGAGAACGUGCCCGCGAGGAGAGAGCAAGAGAGAGAGACAAAGAGCGUUUUGUGAAAGAAUGGAAAGAGCGCGAAUGGAAAGAUCAGGAAGGGAAGCCUGAUGAGGGCUUUUCCUGGGUUCAUCUUCCUCACCGCAGUCAACAGAGGGAGCAGCGAGACCAGCUCAUGAGUGAACAGAAGUGGGAGAGAGGCAGUGACAAGGGAUGGGAGACAUCCUCUGAGAGAAGAGCUGAGGCAGAGGAACCUGUUUACCAAAGAGUCAGGAUUGUUGAUCCAAAUCAAGUGUAUGAUGCCAUAAAUUUAGGUCGACGCAUUGACGUUGCUUGGCCUGAUGAAUCCAUGAGACAAAGAGGUGGUAGGUCAUAUUGGAGAGACUGGCUUCCAGAAAAGGGAAUGGAAGGACAGGUUGUACAUCGUUGGGUACCAUCUCACAGAGAUCCAAACUGCCGCUCCCAUGUGGAUCGCGUCAUACUUCUUGUUAAGAUAAGUGAAUAUUAUGUACCAAUUGCUGAGAGUGGAGUCCAAGAUCUUGGUGCAGAAGUAUAGUCUGUGUUGCCUUGUUAUAAUUUUGUGAUAUAAUCAAUUUCUGACAUUGGCUUGUGAGAGUGAUGGAUGCCAGCAAAGUUUUCAUUAAUUGUAAAUGUAAGCAUGAAUGUUUUGGACUGCUUUUUUUUCUUGGAAAAUUUAUUCAUUUCAUAUGUAGAAGAGAAGCUCUAUUCUUCACUUUAUUAUAUCAGCCCUUUGGCUGGCAUCUGUGAUUUAUUAUACAUAGAUUAUAUAUUUCUUUUUUAUCCAUGUUUUACUUUUAAGGGUUUCUUGCUGUUACUGUUUCAAUCAAUGGCUUGUUAGCUCAUUCAAUGAUAAAUGACCACCGGUAUCACUCUUCUGCUCAAUCAACUGUUUACUACAAUCCUGGACAAUGUUAAGAUAUGUCUCCUAUUAGGCAUGUUACCCCUUUCAAGUCAUUAAGCUUUUUUUCUUGAAUUGCUACCAUAGUCUCUUUUAAAUUUUCCUGAUAUGCUUUGUAUUCUCUUCAUGUGCAUCAAUUUCUUUUGAUUGUUAUUUAACUGUGUGUAGCAAUGAACCUUCACUGAACACCCUGCAAGGUGGUCAAUUAUUUAUGUGGAGUUCUGGGGUAACAUCCUCUCUGCCCAAUGGGUUUAUUUUUCUUCAAAAUGCUUCCAAUUUAGGCAUCAGCACAGACCAAAACCAUAUAUAGUUACUUCAUUUAAAGCCCAUCUCAUCACUUCUUUAAGAUAUUGUAAUAGAGGAAUUUCACUGGACUGAUAUGAUGUAGAUUUGUUGUUAUGUCGUAAUUUAUCAUAUAGUUUAAAUGAAGAAUGAAACACUAGUUGUUUGUGAUUUCUAUCUAAUGAAAAGGCUGUGUAAACAAUCAAUAAAAUGCAACAGAUUGAAAAGA